UCGCAGAUGCGAGAAUCGCCCAGCAGCAUCUCAGCCGAGCAGCAGCGCAAAAAUGCACUGAAAUACGCAUCUUAGGACAUUUCCACCCUCUUUCGGUUUGCCAUGAGGGCGUGUGAUGGGAAUAACGGCGAUGUUCGCACCGGAAUACGUCUCUUUAUUUUGAGAGAAAUGCGGAUUGUUUUGCGCUCGAGGUGUUAACGCAGAAAAAUAUUCAAAAAUGAAGAAGCAAUUCAAUCGGAUGCGACAGCUCGCCAACCAGACUGUUGGCAGGGCAGAAAAAACAGAGGUACUGAGUGAAGACCUGCUACAGGUGGAGAAGCGUUUAGACCUGGUAAAGCAGGUCUCUCAUAGCACACAUAAGAAGCUGACUGCCUGUCUGCAGGGACAACAAGGCGCCGAUUUAGACAAGAGAUCAGUCAAAUCACCCGCGAAAAAGUUGCCCCUGACGACACUUGCUCAAUGUAUGGUGGAGGGAGCAGCUGUGUUAGGAGAUGACUCUCUUCUUGGUAAGAUGCUGAAGCUCUGUGGCGAUACAGAGGAAAAGUUGGCCCAAGAGCUGCUCGUCUUUGAGUUACAGAUUGAAAGAGAUGUUGUGGAGCCUCUGUAUGUGCUGGCUGAGGUGGAAAUUCCGAACAUUCAGAAACAGCGAAAACAUUUAGCCAAACUUGUCCUGGACAUGGAUUCUGCAAGGACACGGUGGCAACAGUCAUCCAAGUCUUCAAGCCACCCUAGUAAUGUGCAGCAGGGUGGAGCCAAGUCUGAGUCCCUGAGAGAGGAAAUGGAGGAGACGGCCAAUCGGAUGGAGAUCUGCAGGGACCAGUUAUCAGCGGACAUGUACAACUUUGUGGCCAAAGAAAUAGACUAUGCAAACUACUUUCAAACGCUCAUAGAGGUUCAGGCAGAGUACCACAAGAAGUCUUUGGAGAUUCUGCAGAGUGUGCUGCCACAGAUCAAAGCUCACCAGGAGGCCUGGAUAGAGAAGCCAUCAUAUGGAAAGGCCUUAGAGGAACAUCUAGCCAUCAGCGGAAGGGAGAUUGCGUUUCCUAUCGAGGCAUGCGUCACCAUGCUGCUAGAAUGUGGCAUGGAGGAAGAGGGUUUAUUUCGGGUGGCUCCCUCGGCCUCCAAGCUGAAGAAACUUAAGGCGUCACUGGACUGCGGGGUUCUUGAUGUGCAGGAGUACUCAGCCGACCCACAUGCCAUCGCAGGGGCAUUGAAGUCUUAUCUUCGUGAACUUCCCGAACCUCUAAUGUCCUUUGAACUUUAUGAUGAAUGGAUUCAAGCCUCAAAUAUUCAAGAUAUGGAUAAAAGGCUUCAAGCCCUGUUGGGUACAUGUGAGAAACUACCAUCAGACAAUUUGAACAACUUCAGAUAUCUAAUCAAAUUCUUAGCCAAACUCACAGAGCAUCAAGAUGCUAAUAAAAUGACACCAGGUAACAUUGCAAUAGUUCUUGGACCCAACCUGCUGUGGACACAUUCGGAAGGAAACAUGACGGAAAUGAUGACCACCGUGUCCCUGCAAAUCGUUGGCAUCAUUGAGCCGAUCAUCCAGCAUGCUGACUGGUUCUUCCCUGGAGAUAUUGAGUUCAACCUGACAGGCAGCUAUGGCAGCCCAGUCCACACCAACCACAACUCCAACUACAGCUCAAUGCCCUCACCAGAUAUGGACCAAUCAGAUCGCAAGCAGCAGCACGACCAGGGCCGACGCCCACUCAGUGUUGCGACUGACAACAUGAUGCUGGAAUUCUACAAGAAGGAUGGCAUUAGGAAAAUUCAAAGUGUGGGUGUCAGAGUGAUGGACACAUCGUGGGUGAAGGGCAAAAGUUCCUGUACGCUGGCCCGCAAAGCCUCCUCCACGCCUCCCAGCGCACAACCGCCCGGCUCUCCUGCGGACACCCUGAUCACUGAGCAGCCCGGUGAGCUGGCCACAUCUCCAAUCCCCACCCCCCCUCCUGGAGACAGGGGCAGCUCAGACGACGUGUCGCCCAAUCGGCCGGAUUCCUCACAUGUCUAUGCGUCCCACGUGGAGGAGCGGCCACCCCCUCCUUACCCUUCCUCGUCCACCCACCACUUCUACCCCAAGCCCCCUCCCUGCGCUCGGCCCGUGGCCCCCGGCCCCGAGUCACAGCCUCCCGGCUCCCCGCCUCCGCCCCUGCGCUGGGCCGGCUUCGGCCCACCCCUGCCCCUGCCCCAGCCCCAGCCACCCCCUUCCUCCUCUUCCUCCUCUUCCUCCUCCUCACUCGAUAUCAACUCCAACCCCAAGCCUAGCUGCCUGCACUUUCCCAAACACGGCCCAGUGUGUGACGCCCCGCAUGCCGCUCCGCCUGACGCCAAUGCCUCGCCCCUCUACAUUAAAACCCCUCUCGUGCUGACCCGCCACGACGUGUCCCUCGGAAACCCCCCUAGCCUCCCCUCCUCCGCCCCCCCGCCGUGGGCUGCCUGUCCAUGUGCCCGCGACAGAGGACCCCCCAGGCUGACUAGCACUCUGAAGAGCAAGGAACUCUCUCCUGUGAUUGGCCACAAGGCGGUGCAGGCGUCAGGUGCAACAGUGCCCCCUGUCAGCGGUCAGCAGAGCAACAGUCAGUCUCCCCACUCGGCAGAGCACAGCCCCCACACCUUACGCAAAGCGUCUAAGAAACUUGCCCCUGUGCCGCCCAAGGUUCCCUACGGCCAGUCGGGGGGGAUGUCAGACCAAUCCACAGGUCAGCCGUCUCCGGUUAGCCUGUCCCCCACUCCCCCAAGUACCCCCUCCCCUUACGGUUUGGGCUGUCCCCCUGGACAUGCGCCCACCUCUUCCCCAGGCCAGACCCCAUUAGGGGGACCCCAUACGUUGUCCUCGCCGCCCUCUCUGACUGGUACACUCACAAAGUCCCGACCCACCCCAAAGCCCAGGCAGAGGCCCAGCCUACCCCCUCCCCAGCCGCCCACCGUCCCCCCUACGGUCCCCCAGCCCUUGGAGCAGGGUCUACUUGACGGAUUGUCCCCCGGAGAGAGCAUGUCCACAGCAGAUUUCUUCAGUUUGGAAAUUCCCUCCAUCAAUGUCAAUCUGGACAGCCUGUUGGACGAGUUCAGGGUCCCAUGUCGGAGCUCCCUUGCUGCAAUCAGCUCUCCGGAGGGGGAGUCCGUGUCCGAGGAGGAGGGCCAAAGCACCACGCUAUGACCCCUGAGCCCACCCAUCAGCUUCACCCAGAACUUGCCCACUUCUGCUGAAGCCCAACUGGAACCCCACCUUGGCCAAACCCUGAGUCACGGAUACUACAUGAGAGACUAGAUAAGAUGCCAACUACACAACAGGUGCCAUAAAAAGCAACAGAAUGGAUUUUGUUCAAAUUGCCACCGAAGGAACCUGGAGUUUUGUUUUACGAUUCCUGUUUCUCUCUGAACGGUUCUGUCUGUUUCGUUUUGUUGUUGUGUUGUUGGUUUUGUUUGAUUGGGAUGUUUUUUUUAAUUAUUAUUUCUGCCUUAUCAGAGCUGCAAUUACAAUACAAUGCACAUAGGGAGCAGUCUGAAGAAUUUAAAGGAACCUCAUAAACUUUAUCUUGCUGGAGGCUUCGAACUGAGACCCACCCUCACGGUAUGAGAGUGGGCCAUCUUUGUUUUCCCAACAGGGUCCAUGCCAUGCUCUUUAUAGGUGACUUGGCAUAUAGCAUGUUUAAGUCUAAUUUUGCAAUGCUGAGGUCUUUCUUUCUUUCUUUCUUUCUUUCUUUCUUUCUUUCUUUCUUUCUUUCUUUCUCUCUCUCCAACCUACACUAUACACUACUUUAGCAAUCCAAUUCAAUGACCUUUCGCUAAGCCUCACCUUAAAAUGCUACUGACCAAUCCGGCCUUAGCAACUAUUGCCUUUCAUUAUAUUAUCAGACAAGUGCUAAUUUCUAGGCUGUGUUCCAAACCGGAUAAAUCCGCCUCCAACUGGCAUUUCAGAGUGAGAACAAUCAUGGCCGCCAUAUUGAAGGAUCAUUUCAAAUCGGAGUGCUCAAAACUGGCCACUUCAAAAUGAAGGAUUUCAAAGGGUAAUUGACCCUUCGUUCCCAUGAUCCCCCAGCGUACACAAUUGUGUGAUUACAGCCCAUCUUUAAUUGGCUCGGCAAAGAUGUGACCUCUUCUGUGAACUUUUGUUUUUUGGUCCCCUAUACCAUUCAGGCCUUCAAAGUUCUCACUCUUGAGGGUAAACCCUUUAAAGGGCAUAGGGAUAAAUCCUUCAGAAUAGAACGCAGGGCAAAUGUAUUUCUAUGGAAGUUAGAAGUUUUAAGAUAGUUUUAAAUGGAAUUUUCCCAAAAAUUAUCCAAGUAUACAGUAAACUCUCUUGUUGCCAGGGCACUUCAAAUAGUGAUAAAAGAUACACAUAUAAACACAGUUUCCCCCCUUUUACAAAUCUUUAAAUCUUGAGAAGUUCAAGUGCAUGAGGUAGUUUGAACAAUGCAUCAGCCCUUAUUUCUAAUUAAAGGAUUAGUUCACUUUAAAAUGAAAAUUAGCCCAAGCUUUACUCACCGUCAAGCCAUCCUAUGUUUAUAUGACUUUUUUCUUUCUGAUGAACACAAUCGGAGUUAUAUUAAUAAAUAUAAGCUUUAUAAUGGCAGUGUAUAUAAUGGCAAAAUGAGUAUGAAACUCAAGAAAGUGCAUUCAUCCAAAGCAAAACAUAUUCCACACGGCUCCGGGGGGUUAAUAAAGCAUCCGGCCUGCCAAUCAUCUUCAUCCGGCCCGAGGGCACCCCAACCUCCCUCCUCAUUUUUUCUUGGUGGUGCGGCUAAAUUUGAUUAGAUACAUGGCCGCAGUGGCGCUUGCAGCUGUACGGUUAUAUAUGCACUGUUCGUACCAUGCACGCUCCCCCGAUUAAACUGAGAAACAUUUUCUGUGCGAAUAUUUCAGCAGUUAUUAUGCAUGUCCUGUAUUUCUGUCGACUGAACCAUACCAAUCAUUUGUGAAUCAAUCAUUCUUUUGGCUUGAUUAUUUAUUUUCCGUGAUUGGCCAAACGCGCUUGCAUAAUGAUCUGAAACUAAUUGGAUUUGUUGGGACCGCUCUGUCACUGAAUCAUCUGAGGUGAUUUCUCGGUCAGUGACAACAAAUACAGAACAAAUAGCUCUGUUUUCAAGUGUUUCACAAGUUGACUUUGAACUACACAACACGGCCCACAUCCAGUGAGAAGCGUUUCAAUUCAACACACACCUCUCGGUAACAAGCCACAAAUCACUCGAUGAUUAAACUAGUUUUAAAUCAAAUGAAACAGCUUCAACAUUCCCAACAAGACUGUUGAGGAAAACAAGAGAAACAUGCCAUGAAUGAAGAUAGAAGACUUUAAAUCCCAAAAUCACCACAAAACAUUUACUAUGAACGAACUGUAGUAAUUUAUCAUGGUUUGAGGAAAUGUGGAAUAUUUAUAUUGAAUACUAUAGUCGUUUAUAUUGCAAUACAUUUAUUAGGUGGGUAUGGGAAUUAAUUUCUUUGUGAAGGUGUAGUUUUUACCUGUGUUAAGGCAUUGUUUAUAGGUCUAUAUAACAUAUCAUAAUAUAAUAUCCAUGUAUGGCAUGCCAUGUAUGGUUUUGCCUGUGGUUACCAAGUCUCACUGUCAGAAUAUUUUCAUUUAAGCCCCCCGGCCCACCUCAACUUUUUGAUUUGAUAAUCCGCCCUCGAAUGAAACUACUUGAAGAGCCCUGGCAUAGGACAUAGUAGUGUAAGCAUUUUGAACUGUGAGAGGCAUUACGGAAGUUGAAUACGGAAGGCGGUCCAAUUGUGUUCAUCUGAAAGAAGAAAGUCAUAAACACCUAGGAUGGCUUGAGAGUGAGUAAAGCUUGGGGUAAUUUUCAUUUUAAAGUAAACUAAUCCUUUAAAAUAUUCCAUCUCCAAUUCAUUCCUGUGGGGGAUUCAGUAAACAUUGUCUGAGUGAAGAACAGAAACCGAGGAGGUGGAGCUUAGCGGCGGGUCAGCUCAAUUAAUUUAUAUUUUGUGCGUUUAUCUGUGCUAAAACACUAUUAGAACUUUUUGAAAUGCACAAAAUACAGUAAUAGCAACACAGUGACAACUUCUGCAUUAGAGUGUAAAGACUCAACCAAAUAUAAUGAAACCUGAAAGCAAGGAAGGAAAUCCAGGGUUUCCACAGUCAUAUUUUAAUUGUGUCAUGGGAAAUUAAUAACAUUUUAAAAUAAAUCCUGUAAAAAAUGAUAGAAUUUUCUAUAGUUUAGAACGCUAAAAAGUUAGUUCUGAAGUAUUUCCUGUUCUAUUUCAAAAUCCUUAUCCUGGAAACUGGAAAAAAAAAAGCCUGUUUAUGGAAAUUCAUUGGUCAGAAGGCAUGGGAACCCUGGAAAUCUCAAUUCCUCACCUUUUACCCACAAAGCAGAAACAGUACUUGUGCUAAUAUGGGUCAAUGCAAACACGUUUCUGCAAAUGAUCAGAACUUUAGGCAGCCACUACUGAGAUCAACCACUGGUUCUGUUCUAAUGCACUGCCUUGCAUUUUCUGUUGUCUUUCCGCAUCCAUAUGCCCUCCAAAGUGCUUCAAAUGCAGUGCCACACUAUCCUUUAUGUAUAUACCAAUACUGUAUAUAAAGAUGUGUAGAUAAGUGUCAACGAGAGGACAAAUGUAAAGGCAAACAUGAGUUAUAUAUUCAUAAAUGUGACAUGCCAUAUUUAUCUUGUAUAGAGAUAAUGUUCUAAGUAUUAUUUUGUCCCUGAACACUUUUUGUCAGGUUCACAUAGCAAGUGAGUUUUUGCACUUUUGUAAGCCAUGAACUAGAUGUAGAAAUAUGAAUGCAGACGUGGCGGAAGUUUAGAUAGACUUGCUCCCGAGAGAGAUUUUUUCCCUAAACCAACCUCAUCGAUAACAGCCUUAAUCAACAGCAUAAAUCAACAACACAAUCUACUUAUUAUUAUUAGAAUAUAUGUUAAGAAGUCAACAGAUUAUACUGAUUGUAUAACAUCUCCUCAGUCUUAGUAUUGCAUUGCAACUGGCUGAUUAUAUAAAUGAAAAUUCACUGGCCCUAAAAUGUUUUUGGACACUUAAAAAUAUCUUAGAACUAGCCGUUUUUCCCCCCCUCAAUUACGUUUAUUCAACUGGAUGUAUAAUGUGAGUUCCCCAAAGCUGUUGUUCAACAUGAUCCAUGAAUGUUUGACUACCACAAUGUGUCCACAUACUUUUUAGGGCCACUAUAAUAGCAUAUCUCCCCAUAAAAUCAAUGGAAAGAAACUGAUUUAUAACUUGGCAGGGAUCCUUUUUGUGAAAUGUCAUCUCAAAGAUAUCAAGCCCUAAAAAUCCUUCAAAGUCUCAUUGCUUUUCCCCAGACAAAUAAUCUGAUGUCACACUGAGAUGGCACGAGUCUGGCCAUUUGUUUCAUCAGUAGACAAGACUAUACGAGACUACUGGAUGCUGCAAUUUCUCUUGUCUGAACUUGUACAAAAAACCGCAGGACUUUAUUAAGGUCAAAGAAACAUUUGCUCACUUCUGUCCCUUGGAAGGAAUGGGCACAACAAAGCGUCUCUGUUCUCAUACGAAGGACUCUACUUCCAACGGUGGAUAGCCAUGGCUUCUGUUUAUCUCUCUUUGAAUAAGCAUUAGUGUACGUCAGGGACAAAAGGACUUCUUUUUUUUUUUUUUUUUUUUUUUUUUGCUGAAAUGUGAUAUGCCUCAGUGUGUGUUCUUGAUGAAAUAUAGUCUAAUGAUUAUUGGUGACUGAGUAAUAGUUGUAGUGAUUACACAAUGAUAAUUGCAAGUGCCCUCACAUUCAGUAUUUAUAACCUGAAGCUAACGGCGAGUUUCGUGCGUACGUGAGGUUCUGUCUGUGCCGUUUCCCGCGGUGUUCUGUGAGGAGGCCGUUGUGUCUGUUCGAGUGUGCUGAUUGAAUGUGAUUUAGCCUUUACUUGGAAGUGCACUAGAGUAAAGGCCCCUUAUAGCAGCUGCAAUAGACGCAUGGUUUAUUUUCUUUAUAAACAUGAAACUUUUGCUCAUCUCUUUCUGUUAGCAAUCAUAAUGAAUGCUUAUGUUAUUGUUAACGAAGACGUGGGAGGGUUUUGUACAGUAUGUACAUGAAUUCUCAUUGCAAGACUGCAUCUGUUAUCACACAUUUUCCAAAGGUGAAAAGGCACAUCUUAGGGGCGUUUACACGACAUAUUUUUAACUUAAAAACGGAAAAUGAUACCGUUGUGGAUGUUCAUUUACAUGACAAUUGCAUUUUGGGGGCCUGAAAAUGCUAACUUUUGAAAACAAGUUUCAAAGUGCAAGUUUUUAAACGCGAUACUGUUAUCGUCUCUACGUAAAACUUCAAAAACGUGAAUUUGUGAAAAUGGCGACGUCAUGCGCAUGCGUAUUACGUGUUCAGUUUAUAGGCGUGUAGUGUUUUUUACAAAGUGACAUCGCCAUCUACUGGCCUGGCAUGAAUAAUACAGCGUUUUUAGUAGUUUUUAUGGAUCCGUUUGAAAGGGGAUUGUUUUGACAACUUUGUUGUCUGUACACAAAAAAAAAACACAAAAGAAAAACUUUUCCGUUUUUAAUAUACGCAGUUGUCGUGUAAACGUACCCUCAAUCUGAUCUGUAAAUUAAGCUAUUCUGUCAUCAGAUUCAGUUCUUCAUUUACAAGUGGCAACAUUCCUAUCCAGUCAAUGAAAUGUUCAUGAAACUGUUUAAAACAGAGUGGAUGUAAUAGCCAUGGAACUUUUUAAAGAAUUACAGCUGAAGAACUGUACAAACAUAAUUUUAACUGAUGAUUUGACACACAGAAUCUGUACAGGUGAAUCUCAUAACUGUCAAGGGUCAUAGUUCACCUCAAAAUUAGAAGAAAACAAAUAAGAAAUUGUAUUUCUGUAAAGAACAAGAAGCUUAUAAUAGCUUAAAUUAUUCAAUUAAACAAUUUUAAUGAUAAUUAAGCACAAUUUCAACACCAAAUGUCAUUACCGCAAUGGAAAAAAAAUAUAUAUAUAUUAUUUAAAUUGUAUUUAUAUGGUAGUAUGAUUUGUACUUCACUGAUGUAGAUUUAAAUAAAAAUAUUUGUAUUGCAGUCAUUUUUAAUGUACUUAUCAAGACGAUGUAACAAACAAACAAACAAAAAAUCUUAAUAGUCAUAUUUUUUUUUCUUUUGAUUUUGUCGUGAAAUGGCCUUACCUGGACAUGUUGUUGUGAAAUUCACCCGGAUGCUUUUCUUUGCAUUUUAUGUACUGAUUUUGGGGGAAAAAUCAGUGCAGAAAGACUUUUAAAUGAGAAAACGUGUUAAAUUCUUAUUGAGCACUGUAAGCAUUAUCAUACAAGUCAAAAUAGAUGUUAAACCGACAUGCAAAGCGUCAAAAAGACUCUCAUUACUUGCUUAAAUCAAGGAAGUUUAUGACAUGAAUGAUCUUUUCAAAAGAGAUGUAAUACACAGUUAUAAUAAUUUAUAUAGAUACAUUUAUUUAUUCAUUUAUCUGUGACAUUUUCAGCACAAAAUUAAAUGUUCAAAAAGAACAGAAUGGAUAAAGAACCCAACAAUCUGAAUUGAAGAUCUGAUCUUUUUCUCCAUACAGUCAUCAUCUGUUUUGAACAUUUUGGUUGAUACAUUUACAUAAUCCUGUUAAAGCCAGCAAGUUGGAGUGACAGAACAGAGCAUGCAUUUAAUUAUCCCCCUUAGAUAAUCAUGUGUGUGUUCAAUGAUACCAGAUCAUAAAGGGAAUCAACGAUGAACCAGGGAUGUGUGAACUUUAAAGGUUGAUCAGUGCACAUUAUCCAACAAUGUACAGCCCUCUCCACCUCUGCUUACCGAACUAAUGUACAAAUCUGCCUGUAUCACCCUCCUCAGCUUAGCAUAUCAGUGGAAGAACACAGUCUGUACUGUGAAGCCUGCCGCAGUCCUUAUCAGAAUGUCAGAAAUACAUAGAUAUAUAUUAAACUCUACAUUUGUAAUAAUA